UGUUCAUUGUUUUACUUUUAUCCAGUUUGAUCAUCCAAUGUAUUUUAAACCAAUUAAUAAUUAUUAUGAACAAAAUGUAUAAUUAUUUUUACAGCAACAAUGUUCUUUCGAUUCAUGCGUGGCCGCUUUACCUUCAAAAUUUAUUUCCUAUUAACUUUAAUCGCAUUACUUACAAUUUUUGCGUAUAUAUUUCCCCAUUUUAAAUUAUAUCCAAUUGCACCAGUUACUGUUCCUCCCAAUGGUUUACAAUCCCGAACGACUCGACACUUGUCUAAACUAUUAACUGUGGUGUUUCGCCAAUUCGAAGAGUUUGAAAAUGAUAUCGCGGAUAGUGUGCAAUCUUUCGUUUCUGCAUUUCCUAACAUGCCUGUGGUCAUAUUGUGUCAAGGUAUACAGUAUCCUCCCUUUCAGUUCUCAGCUACGAAUGAAACUUUGCGUAACGUCAAGAUUGUACCUUUAGAAUUUCGUUUGAAGGCAUCACCUCAUGAACUUAAUCCUUUGACUUAUUUGAAUACUGAAUAUGUGCUAAUUGUUCCUGAUUCGACAAGAGUAUCUCGUCGUGUACUGCAACAGAUGGCGAUAGCUGCCACAACCUUUCCUUCUCAGGGUAUAGCUGUAGGUGUGACUAAUUCUCGACUAAUUUGCCAGAAGGUAAAAUGGAAUUAUGUUGAUUGGACAUUACAAUAUAUUAAGGAUUCGGGGAAACUAUGUGACGCGAUAAAUGGCCAGCAUGUUCUGUUGUUAAAAACAUCUCUUUUGAAAACACUCCCACAGCCAUUUGCAUUACCUUUCCCAGAAUCUUUGUAUUUACAAACAACUGUACGAAACAUAAAGAUUCAAAUUGUUGAUGGUAAAUUUGGUGCUGGUAGAAGCGUCCUAAAAUCACCAGCAGCUAAACAAAAAGCUACAAAAAUUGCGAGGGAAGCAAGAAUCAGUCUUUAUAAACAACUUGGUGUUAAGAUGGUGAUUAGAGAGGAUAGUAGAGUGCAUUGGUUUGGUUGUAAAAGGGAUACACAGCGAUGCUUCCCAUCAGUACAAGGGACUCCAUCAUACAUACUGUCUGGACGAAACACGCCGCCUUGCUGUCGCAGAAACAUUCGUAGGACCGCUACGCAUGUGCUACGUACUUUGCUACAGGCAGGUGUACGUUGUUGGCUUGAGACUACAUCUUUAUUAGGAGCUGUUGUGAGGGCCGAUAUUCUUCCGUGGGCAGAAUAUGCUGAAAUAGGCAUCCACGCUUCUGACGUUUCUCGCGUAUCCUUGUUACAAAGAGGAGGUGCGGAUUCAGAAGGUUUUAUUUGGGAGAGAGCAACCAAAGGUCAUUACUAUAGAGUGGCAUACUCAGCAACUAAUAGUAUUUAUGCAUUGGUGCUGCCUUUUACGGCUAAGAAUGGUACAAUGUGGCCUGCUGAUUGGGUCAUGGCUCAUCAGAAAGAAUUCCCUGAAAGACAUCUACAUCCACUAGCACAGAUACAAUUUGGAGGUCACCAAGCACCUGCGCCUAACGACGCUCGUGCAUUUUUGGAUUUGAAACUUGGCAACUCCGCAGUUGAGAAAUGUAACAAACUUGGUCCAAAGUUUCUGUAUCCAUAAACUAUGUAAUUUCAUAUUAUGGAUAAGAACUUUGUUAUAUAAAACUUUACGUACCUGUUCUAUACAUAGCAAUGUUAUAGAUGCUUAUAUAUUUAUAUUUAUUGUAUACAUUAAUUUGAUAGAUGUUUCUAAUUCAUAUGUUCCAGCUUCAGGCAUAUAAAAAGUAAAUUUAUAUGAAAAUUUAUAGAUAUUAAGCUUUGCUCUAGUCUUUUGUGUCUUUGAAAUAAGAUUUAUUAAUUAUUCUUUUAAUUUAAACAUAGUUAAAAGCGAUUUUUAUAUUGUAAUUUGUUUGCUUAGUUUUAUUUUAUGCUUUUUACUAUGACUUUUGCUUCAUGCUUAAAAAAGCUAUGCAGCUAGUGACAGUAUAAAUAUUUCUGAGUGACUAACCAUGGGUUUCUGAGACCAAAAUAUCUUUAUCCCUGUCUUUCAUCUUUGUCAAAAAAGAGAUAACAAUAUGUUUUAAACAGAGAUUUAAGUCUCACAAACCAACGGUUACUAUAAUUUAAAAUUGAGCACAAAUAUUAUAUUUAACUUAGUAAUUUGUCCUAUUUCUGAUAAAUGUUGCUUUUAUUUUAUUCCUAUUUUAGAAUAGUAAUUCUAUGAUCUCGUAAACUAGUCUACUAGUGAAGUAUUUAGCUGAUAAGAUGUAAUACUAUGUGUUUCCACUGACACAAAACAUGUUUUUCUACAUGUUUUCGUUAGUGGAAACAUAUGGAUAGUUAAUAAGCAAUAUGGUCAUUGAAAAUGACAUGUUUUGUUUUCAAGAGUUUAUUCAAUAUAUAGACAGAUAUUUAAAAAAAUAUA